AUGCCGCCGUUAAAUUUAUUGCCAGCUGGAAAGGAUGGCCCACCCGGAUUGCCGGGCCUUCCAGGAUUGAAAGGAGAGCCAGGGUUCCCUGGUUUACCAGGUGCUGAUGGCCUUGCUGGCGUGCCUGGUCUACCAGGACAAAAAGGAGAACCCGGUUCUCCAGGAUUUCCAGGCUUAGAAGGACCGCCCGGACCUAUUGGAAUUGAAGGAUUGCCCGGUCAACCUGGCCUUCAAGGCUUGCCAGGAUCUAAAGGAGAAGCGGGCAGACCUGGUCAACUCGGAUUUACUGGACAGAAAGGCGAACCAGGACCAUCAAUUCACGGGCCUCCAGGUCCUCCAGGUUUUCCUGGCCUUAAAGGCGAUGCUGGACUACCUGGUCUUCCCGGACAGCCUGGUCUCGAAGGGUUUGUAAUAUUAAUCAUUACUAGGAUAACGGAAACUCAACAAUAG